AUGAAGUGCAGCACUAAGCAGCGGGUGACGCGUCACGCCGAGGCACUUUGCCUCGGUGACGCACGAUCGAUACCUGUGGAAGAUGCGUUGCGUAUGAUAACAGUGGCGCGCGCCAACACGACCGAGGUGGACAACAUACUUCUGGCGUUGGGGGAAAUCGUCGAGGUGUCAGACAUAUCCACCGUGGAGGAAGGAAUUGCAAUAGAUGCCCUUGAUGCCGUAUGUGGCCUGGCAGGGCGUGUCGAUCGUCUAUGUGUCGGCAAGCUGUUCGACGAGGUCUGCGCCAGGCUCGAGGAGAGCUCUGACUGCAACCACUCGCGCAAUAUCGCACUGCUCCAUGCAUUGGCCACAUUCAAGUAUCGCAGGCCUUUGGUCAUAGAGCUCAUACAGGAGAGAUUACGCGACAACGCGCACACGGCGAAUAUCGUUGAACUCUGCCGAUACAUGUCACUGGCGGCGGAGGCAGCUCGCGGGUAUCAGGCCGCAACCAUACCGCUCAAACUCCCAGUGACAAACGUCAGAGCUGAGGCGAUGAAGGCGGUGGAUAAACUCAUAGAGGACCGUUCGCUUGGAACGCAGUUCCUUAUCGGGUGUUUGGGUUCUUCAAGACCUUUUGAUGUGGAGGAGGUUCGUCACAUUCUUUCCUAUAUCGCUAAAACUGAACAGCUCAAGCUCUUCAAGGAGAUCCUGGACAAAAUGGAGUUGCUCCAGCAAGCAGAUGUAAUACGGCUUUACGAGGCGAUAGCACACGCCAGAAUAGAUUUCGAUUCGGAUGUCGCGGGGGACAUCGAGCGGUUUGUCAAGCAUGCUUGGGGCAUGACCCCGCAGAUGACCGCAGCCGAAACGGCUCGUCUUAUGGCAAGUCACUCUAUCGUAGGAUAA